AUGAAUUCCAACAAGAGGGCUCAGAUAGACUUGAGCAAUGUGGAGCCCCCAAGAAGAUUAGCAAGAAGGUUGGGGAAUUUGUUCCUGACCAAUGCAGUUCCUGCUGCAGAGGCUGGCCGUUUGUUUCGGGAUGCCGAAGCCAGUGGCAGUGCACACAUGGAUCGCCUUGCAACACUGGGCUCCCGGAGGGCGGACGAUCUAGCUCGACACAGGGAUGUCUUGCGAAAGAUGAAUCGGAAUCGCCACUGGCCUGGUCAGUAUAUUGUGCAAGCACCCUUGUGGAACCACAAGGAGCAGAAAGAGGAACAGGGAGACAUCGUCAUGUGGCUCCCUCAUGAGAUCCUCUAUUGCUUAGACGCCAAAGCAAGGAAUCCUUCCAAUCUCCGGAAACUGGAGGUUUUGCAAGAGCAGGAACGACAGUUCCUGGAUGUCGCUGCCUCCUCGCUUCAGGUAGGCAGCGAAGACCUCAUGCUUGUCGGCAUUUGGGGGGAUGGCACCCCUUUGAACAGGGACAGGAGCCAAGUUGCAGAGGUUCUCUCGAUGAAUAUCCUCAGUUGUGAAACAAGAUCUGAUACUAGGUUCCCGCUGUGCAUCCUCCAGAAACACCUGAUGGUGAAGAACCAGACAUGGAAUCUUAUCCUAGAGGUGAUCUCCUGGAGUUUUCGUUUCGCCGCAGCAGGUGUGUUUCCGAGAUGUCGACACGAUGGCUCGCCCUGGCAUGCUUCAGACGGCUAUCGAGCCGGGAAGCAAGGAUCCGCAUGCCCUCGAGCUGUCUUAGGCCAAGUUCGAGGUGAUUGGGCUUUUUUCAAGCAGGUGCUAUACCUGCCGGCAUG